AUGGAGAUUUCAAAUCCCCGCCGGAUCCUGGCCGUCUCUCUGGCCGACUCUGCGCAGCAUCUCAGCGACAUCAUCAAGGACUUAACAGGCACCCCGCCCACUCCGCUGGGGCCCUCCGCCUCCUUGGCGGGGACAACCCACCCCUUUCCCUUGACAACACAGUACUACACGGCCACGGUCCCCGUCUGGCUGGACCUGAUCUCGUCGCCCGCCGAAUGGGCGGCCAGCUUCCUUGCGCCCGAGGCCAAGGAGGUGCUGGACGUGCUUGGCGGGGUGGUCGUUGUUCUGCCCCUUCCCCCUGCCCCCUCCUCCUCCUUUAGCAGAAGGGAGAAAGCGCGAGCGCUGGUGGAGCAUGUCGGAAGGUUGGUGAAGGAGGGGCUUGGGGGGUGGGAUUGGGACGGGGUUGGGCUUGUCAUUGGAGUCACCGAGGGAGGUCAGAUGGAUCUGGAUGGGGAGGGGUUGGAUGAGUGGGAGGAUCUGUGUGCCGAGUGCGGGAUGGAGUUUGUUUACUUGAGCAGGUCAAAUAGCAGGACUGCAGCCGCGAACGAGGACCCCGAGAGGAACGAGUUUGGGGAGAAGAUGGGCUUGGCGAGGGUGCGGGAGGCGCUGGAGGCGAAUGACUGGUCGGGCGGCGGGGACCUGACGGAGGAGGGUUCCAAACGGAAAGGGAGGAAGGUGAGCGGUGAUGGUGACGACGAGUUUGACCCCGAGAGUCUCGAUUUUGGUUUUGAUAGGGAGGACUUUGUCGGACUGAGGAAGGCCAUUUUGACCGGUGGCAUGGGAGACACGGAUGCGGACGAUCCUAAAGGGGACCAGAAAGACGAUGAUGACGAGAACCUGGACGACGAGAAGAUCCAGAAGGUGGAGCGCAUGAUGCUGAAGCUGCAGGCCGUGAGGGAUGCAAGUGCUGGCCUGCCCGAAGAGCAGCGAAAGAGGAUGGCCCGGCAAGCUGUCGGGGAAGUCAUGAGGGAGCUGUGA